UCCGAACUGUUUGUCAGACCACAGCCAGGAUUCCAACAAUUGCGCACGAUAGCGCACGCUAAGGAUUACGAGUUUUUGUGGUCGUUUAUUUCUGUCAAGAAGAAUUGGGAAUCUCUGGUGUUUUCGUCGACUGGCAGGAUAUGUCCAUUUUAUCAUCCUCCUCUCGCCUCCUUCAGCAUUCCUCCGUUGUUUUAAACAAACCGAACUGAAGCGCGUUGGAGUGACCGCAGUAUUACAGUGGAAUAAUGGGUUAAUGUUUGUUGUGGUGUGUUAACAGUUCUCUGCUAAUCUAUAUUAAAUUGGUAUGUUGCAUUUUACAAGUUCAACUUUUACUGGACUCUGAUCAUACGUCGUUGGACAUCGACUGGGAAUGCAACACGUCAAACUUUUUCGGGGAGGCAAGAAACAAAGUUAACUUUGACUUUUCAAUCUCUUCGUCCAUCCUCUCCGAUUGACUCGACUCUCCACGGCAGACAUGUCCAGCGUGGUGCGGAGUUUAAGUCGGUGCUUCCUCCCGGCGGAGGCGGUUGGAGAGCGGGGGAAUGGCAAAGGGAAAAGUGGGGACAAGGACGUGCUUCUGGAACGAGAAGCACGGCGUCGGAGCCGGGAGAUAGACGCGAUGCUGGAGCGGGAGAGGAGAGCUACCAAGCGGCUUGUGAAGAUCCUGUUGCUCGGGGCGGGCGAGAGUGGCAAGUCGACCUUCCUCAAACAGAUGAGGAUCAUCAAUGGGCACGAGUUUGACCGCAGAGCUUUACUGGAUUUUCGCGACACAAUUUAUGACAACAUACUCAAGGGCAUGCGUGUGCUGGUGGACGCGCGGGACAAGCUGUCCAUCCCGUGGCAGAGCGCGGAGAACGAGAAGCACGGCAUGUUCGUCAUGUCCUUCGAGGGCCGCGCCGCCGUGCGGGUGGAGCCGGCCACGUUCCAGCUGUACGCCCACGCCCUGCUCUCGCUCUGGGCCGACGCCGGCAUACAGCAGGCCUUCGGCCGACGCAGCGAGUUCCAACUGAGUGAGUCAGUCAAGUAUUUCCUGGACAACUUGGACCGCAUCAGCCAACAGAGCUACCUGCCCAGUCGGCAGGACAUCCUGUUGGCGCGCAGCGCCACCAAGGGCAUCGUGGAGCACGACUUCCUGUACCGCCGCAUCCCCUUCAAGAUGGUGGACGUGGGCGGCCAGCGCUCCCAGAGGCACAAGUGGUUCCAGUGCUUCGACAGCGUCACCUCCAUCCUCUUCAUGGUGUCCUCCAGCGAGUUUGACCAGGUUCUUCUGGAGGACCGGCGCACCAACCGCCUGUCGGAGUCCAUGGACAUCUUCGAGACCAUCGUGAACAACAAGCUGUUCUCCAGCGUGUCCAUCAUCCUCUUCCUCAACAAGACCGACCUGCUGGUGCAGAAGCUCGGCGCCGGCGCCGACAUCCGCCGGAACUUUCCGGAGUUCCGCGGCGACCCGCGGCGGCUGGAGGACGUGCAGAGCUUCCUGGUGCGCUCCUUCGGCCGGCGUCGCCGCGGCGACCGGCGCUCGCGCCCGCUCUUCCACCACUUCACCACGGCCAUCGACACGGAGAACGUGCGCUUCGUCUUCCGCGCCGUGCGCGACACCAUCCUGCAGGAGAACCUCAAGGACAUCAUGCUGCAGUGAGGACUACAGGUGUCCAAAAAGACUACAACACCCAGCAUGCAUUGCAAGAGUGCAACACCAUCCUGCAGGAGAACCUCAAGGACAUCAUGCUGCAGUGAGGACUACAGGUGCCCAAAAAAGACUACAACACCCAGCAUGCAUUGCAGGAGUGGCAACACCAAUCUGCAGGAUAACCUAACUGACUACAAAGACCCUGUGUGGAGAAAGACUACAGCACCCAGCAUGCAUUGCAAGAGUGUGCAACACCAAUCUGCAGGAUAACCUAACCGACUACAAAGACCCGGUGUAGAAAAAGACUACAACACCCAGCUUGCAUGACUGCACUGCAAGAGUGGAAAUCGCUACUUGCUAAAUGACAUGGCACUUAAACAAGAAAUACUGCAGUAUUUGGGGGAAUUCCUAACAUUAAUAUGGAGAAAGAAAAAAACUAUAAAUCCCAGCAUGCCGUUGUCUGAGAAAGGACUACAUUUCCCACAUUGCCGUAGUGCCGACUACAUACAUCAGUGUGCCUCUUGUCAGGAGAAGGUUUUGAUUCAAGGCCAGCAACACCAACAUACAAGUAGACGAUAACAGUACAUAUCCCCGUCCUUUAUGAAUACACUCGACAGCAGCAUGCCUCUAUGAGGGUGUACGUGUAGAUAUUGCUAUCCGUGAAGAGAAUCAUUUUGAUCAUUUUAAUGAAAAAAAAGACAAAAAAACAAAUAUCUAGUUUGUGAAGAGAGAUGGGUCAUAAUCACUCACGGGUACCGGGGGGGUGAUAGCCAGGGCUGGGUCAAGGAUUAAGCCAACCUUUGCUUUAUUAUUACUGUGAAACACAAUGUGUUAGAGAGAGACCCGUUCAUUUACUUUAAUCAACACUCUGGAGAGUUAAUCGGAAAGACAUAGACACACACCACACAGACACACACAGACACACACAGACACACACAGACACACACAGAGACACACAGAGACACACAGAGACACACAGAGACACACAGAGACACACAGAGACACACAGAGACACACACACACACACACAGUGCGUCAUACACAUCCACCAUAAGCAUUUCACGUUCACUGAUUAAAACGCAAUGGGCUUCCUUCACUGGUUUUAAAUCUGUUGCUCACAUGGUUAUUGGAAAGCACUUGCUGAAGAGCACUUAGUUGAUGUUACUGAGCUCUUUGAUCUGGAGUUGUUAAGCUGAUGUGCUGUACAUAUGUCUGCACACACACACACACACACACACACACACACACACACACAUACACUUUUUUUUACAUAUUCUUAAAUCCUUUACGGUCGGUUUAAGUUGAGUUUUAGAGUUGAAUAUACAGUACAUGUCACAAUUCACUGGUACAAAAUCCCUCCUUUACUUCCUUUUUCUUUCUCUCUUUCUUUUCCUUUCUCUCUCUCUCUCUCUCUCUCUCUCACCCACACACACAUACGUCUGUGUGUGUGUGUGCACAUAUGGUUGUGUUACUUUCAGGCUGGCCAUGAAGCAAGCUGACAACUGUUUUUACUGUGACGGAACAAGUUGGGUGUGCACACACACUCUCUCUCUCUCUCUCUGUUUCUCUCUCUCUCUCACACACACACACACACACACACACACACACACACACCUGGGUGAGACGGAAAAAAGUGUCUCACCUUGGGGAGCCUGUCACACAUGUCACAAUGCAUUAGCAUGCAUGUUUUAAAAUUCCUUUUUAGAUUCUUUGUCCUCCUUCCUUUGCUGUCACUGGUAAUCUGUGAAGAGUAUUACGCUGUCUGGGACCCCGGCCUCCUGUGGGCCAAAGAACACGCCGUUUAUCUCCAUGCAGCACCAGCCGUGUGUGUGUGUGUGUGUGUGUGUGUGUGUGUGUAUGAAGACAGCGAGAGAGCCCCGACAUUCUUCUUACAUUUCUGGACUUGUUUUUUUUCUAUAUAUUCUAUAUUUGCUUCCCUUUUUAAUAUUCAUCUGUGAACGCACACACACAUUCUGCAGACACACAACACGCGCAUUCAUUCUGCAGAUACACACACACACACACACGCACACACAUUCAUUCUGCAGACACACACACUGUGAAAGACUAAGCAGCUCUAGAUUGGACGCAUCAACUGUGUGUGUGUGUGUGUGUGCGCGAGUGUGUGUGUGUGUGUGUGUGUGUGUGUGUGAAAACCACAUUUCCUAUUUCUUCUUGUCACACGUCUUUGUUUGUUUCGGUGGCCGAUUUCAUAUUUCACUUCCCCCUUUUCACCAGCAGUGUUCUUGAAGUUCAGUUUUGGUCACGUGGGGCCCCAUGAGAUGAUCGUCUUGGCAACUGGUUGUUAAAUCUGCUGACCGAUGUCGUCCUCCCCCUUCCCCCAAACAGAAAGGUCAAAGUAGGUUUUGUUGCUGUCAUUUGUAUUUAUUUUAUUUUUGUUUCAUGUUGGGGUUUUUUGUUGUAGGGAAAGGUUGUACUUGACAGGCUGGAGCGAGUAUAUAAGUUAGGGUUAAGUGAGGUCUUCACAGGACUACGGUAGUUUUUUCUUCAAUAGACUUUUUGCAGAAACUGUGUUCAGACUGCUGGUGGUUGUCUGACUUGGGUGGCUUUUUUUGUGUCGUUAUUUUUACGGAGAGGUCAAAAGGUCAAAAAACCCAUCAGCGCCAUUGUCCGCUAUGUCCAGGUUUUCAUUUAUUUUUUUAUUUUUAUUAUUAUUAGUAGGAGGUUUACCACUUACUCUGAGUUAACUCAUCCAGAGGUUCAAAUUCGCAAACCCUAUGCUCGCAAAUGUUUGCAAACAACUUCCUACAAACUUUUUUUUUUUUUUUCCAAUAAGAAGGUUUAUAACUUUGAAUGAACUCACCCAGAGGUGCAUUGAAAUUCGCAAACAUAGGCAAACGUUUCUGAAACGUUUCUGUUUGGUUCGAGUUUUCCCCACCAAUGUUAGCACCCUCUUACUUUGUUUGGCCAGGAGGCUACUAGGAGGUUUCAGGUUUAGCUUGGGUUAACUGACCAAGGUUUGUUGUCACUACACCACCCACUUGGGUUUCUUUUUUAUUGUUAUUAUUUACCACUUAACUCACCCAAAUUUGCAAAUGCUCGCAAAUGUUCGCAAACAGUUUUCUGUUUGCUCAUGAGUGUUCCACAAACGUUUGCGUAGACAUAGGGCCACUCUCCUGGGAGAUUUAUGGUUUAUUCUGAGUUAACUGACCCAGGUUUUGUCACUAAAACUGGGAAUCUCCCUCUCGAGCUGUUAGGAGACGUUUUGUUCUCAGUGAGUUACAGCUCUCGAUUUGAAUUCUGUGUGGCAGCACAUAUCUAGUCACACAUGGAGCUGUCUCUCACUCUACUUCAGAAGGGCCAAACAGCUGCAGUCUGGGCUGUCCUUGUGUGUGUGUGUGUGUGUGUGUGUGUGUGUGUGUAUGCAUGUGUCUGUCUGUAUGUGUGUGUGUGUGUGUGUACACCCAUAUAUCUGUGUGUCCGCGUGACACACGUGUAUGUGUGUGUGUCUGUGUGUGCGUAUCUGUGCAUCAGAGCCUGUGUGUGUGUAUGUGCGACAGAGAGAGCAAGUUUUGGCUCUCUCUCUCAGCCCAAACACAAUGGUCUGAUUGUGAGUGUGUGUGUGUGUGUGUCAGAGUCCCUGGUCUCCGCUGGCCGUAGGAGCGUGUUCCCGGGCCACAGGAAGUGGUGUGUGUCUGGGGCCCUCCCGGACAAAGCCGGGAUGCAGGAAAGCGCACGGAAUCACUCGGCACCCAGAGCCGCCUGAGUCACCCCUCAUCAGCCCGCGCAACAAUAAGAACGACUCCUCCAACACCACACACACACACACACACACACACACACACACACACACACACACACACACACACACACACACACACACACACACACGCUCUCUCUCUCAUUCUCACACACACACACACACACACACACACACGCUCUCUCAUUCUCACACACACACACACACACACUCUCUCAUUCACACACACACUCUCUCUCUCUCUCUCUCUCUGAUAUUACUUAGCAUCAGGUAGUAAGUAGUGCUACUUUGCAUGUCAAGUGAAGAGUGGCUUUAGUAGCUGAAAAUAAGAGCAUCAGACAGCCUAAUUCUCCCUCUCCCUCUUCAGGUAGAACUUAGCAUAUGAACAGAUCGUGCCCCUCUGCACCCCCCUCUCUCUCCCUCCCUCCCUCCCUCCAUCUCCCGCUGCAGGUAUUAGUGUGGAAAGAGAUACUGCCGUUGCUCCUCUUUGUACCCCUUCUUUCUUUCUCUCUUUUCACUCUCUUUCUUUCUUUUCUUUUUCGUGCUUCAGGUAUUGGUGAACUGACAUAUUGCUCCUUCCUCCCAUACGCUGUCAUACUAAGAUAUGCUGCAUUUUACAGUGUUAUUUUUUCCAACUCCAAGUGCCACACUCUGUAUUUCGCGUUCAUGUUUUGGAGUUUAUGGUUUGUCUUUUUUAGAUACAGUUGCUACUGUCUGCAGUUUGUAAUAAUAAGUGAAUACAUUCUGUAGUAGCUUAGCUGGGGAAAAAGUAUGGACAAUCACUCCUAAAAAAAUGCCCAUUUGGCAAACAGAGAUCUAUGUGUCUUCCACCAUUUUUGUUUGUUUGUUUGUUUGUUUGUUUUUCCGUUUGUUGCAUUUUAACGUUGCACUGGUAUUAGGAGGAUCAAAACACUAUCUAGGCUCUUCUGUGGUUUCAAAGUUGUGUUGUUGUGCCAGGCAGGCAGAGCUAAACAUAUGAUUUUGUUUUUUUUAAGUUUUGGGAUUCGCACACAGAUCUUUUCUGUGCUGGGAACAGAAAUAGAGACAUCAGAAACAGAUGUUUGAACUCCACUCGUUUGUGUUUGUGUGUUUUCUUUUUUUUUUAAAGGAACAAAAAAAAUGGAAUAAAUUCAGUGUACAGACGGUG